AUGGAGACUACCACCAUCACCACCACGCAACUGGCGCAGAACGCAUGCCCAUUUGUACUGACGGAGAGACGCACCACCAUCACCCUGCACGCUCCAGCCCAGGAGUGCGCACUCCCCAAUGACACCACUGCAGCCGGCUACCAAAGCAAGACCACCGUGCUGAAAAGACAGCGCUCCAGCUCCCCGGAGCUCCUGCGCUGCAAGCGGCGGCUCAGUUUUAACGGACUCGGCUACUCCAUCCCUCAGCAGCUCCCCGUUGCCGUGGCUCGGCGAAACGAGCGCGAGAGGAACCGAGUCAAGCAGGUCAACAUGGGCUUUCAGACGCUGCGUCAGCACGUGCCCAACGGGGCAGCCAACAAGAAGAUGAGCAAAGUGGAGACGCUGCGGUCCGCCGUGGAGUAUAUUCGAGCUCUGCAGCAGCUACUAGACGAGCAUGAUGCUGUGUCAGCCGCCUUCCAGUGCGGGGUGCCUUCCCCUACCAUCUCCAACAGCUACUCGGCGGAGCCAGAGUCACCCCACUCCACCUGUUCCUCCGACGAGGGGAGCUAUGAGCCCCUGAGCUCCGAGGAGCAGGAGCUGCUGGACUUUACCACCUGGUUCGACAGAUACUGA